AUGGCAUCCCCAAGUUUCCGUCCGCGAUAUCCUGCUCGAGAGGUUGUCAUCGCGAGGGAAUCGGCGGGAGAAUCACCUAUGCGAUCACCAAAACGGCGGUUACCAAAACGGCGGUUACCAAAACGGCGGUUACCAAAGCGCAAGCGCGUAAGCACUCAAGACCACGACCCGAGGUGGGAUGAUGAUGCCAGACGCGACCGCGAUCAUCAACGCGACCACGACAAACUCAGAAAGCCAUGGCAUCGAUUCAAAGCAAAAUUUCUUUCCAGCAUACAAUGGGGCUUUGAACGAUUCGGAAUGUCCCGCAGUUUAAAAGGAAUCGUUAUUGUACCAUCUCUUGCCGAGAAUAUGUCGGGCUCGACCAUUUUCGAAGUCGAAUCCUCACGCGAUGCGAAGCUCUAA